AUGGAUUUUAUUGUCGAAGCUCCACAAACAAUGGCAAAAGCGAAAAUUGUACCAUCGGGCUCCAUAAAAACACAAAGUAUGGAGGACAAGGCGUCGUUAAAAGAACUGGAUCAGUGGAUAGAACAACUAAAUGAAUGCAAGCAAUUGACAGAAAAUCAAGUAAAAACGUUAUGCGACAAGGCAAAGGAGAUCCUAACAAAGGAGUCUAACGUCCAGGAGGUGAAAUGCCCGGUGACAGUUUGCGGGGAUGUCCACGGGCAGUUCCACGACCUGAUGGAACUGUUCCGUAUCGGCGGGCGUUCCCCUGACACCAACUAUCUUUUCAUGGGCGACUACGUUGACCGUGGAUACUACAGCGUCGAGACCGUCACAUUGCUCGUCGCGCUUAAGGUUCGAUACCGCGAGAGAAUAACAAUCCUCCGUGGAAAUCACGAGUCGAGGCAGAUCACUCAGGUGUACGGUUUCUACGACGAAUGCCUCCGUAAAUACGGCAACGCGUCCGUAUGGAAGCACUUCACCGACUUGUUCGACUUCCUGCCCCUCACCGCGCUGGUCGACGGACAGAUCUUCUGCCUGCACGGUGGUCUCAGCCCCUCCAUUGACACCCUGGACCACAUCCGCGCCCUCGACCGCCUGCAGGAGGUGCCUCACGAAGGACCCAUGUGCGAUCUGCUCUGGAGUGAUCCCGAUGACAGAGGCGGAUGGGGAAUAUCGCCGCGUGGUGCCGGCUACACUUUCGGCCAGGAUAUAUCGGAGACGUUCAACCACAGCAACGGGCUGACACUGGUCUCCAGGGCCCAUCAGCUCGUCAUGGAGGGCUACAACUGGUGCCACGAUAGAAAUGUCGUCACUAUAUUCUCAGCACCCAAUUACUGCUAUAGUUCGAUCCGGCCCCACGACGUGGCGAGCCGCACGUUACGCGACGGACGCCAGAUUACUUCAUGUAGGCUGCACGUAAAGAAGGCGCAUAUCAAGCGGGCGGCGAGUGCGCGGAGCUCCGAUGGCGCGGCGACGGCGGGCGCGGCGGGCGACUCGUGCGCGGGCGGGCGGCGCCUGCGCGCCAGGCGGGCGCGGCUGGCGCGCGCGGCCGGGCUGGCGGCGGGGCUGGGCCAGGCCUCGCGCCGCUCGCGCCGCGCCAGCCUCGACAGCCUGCUCCGCGUGGCGCACUGGCUGGCGCACGUGUAG